AACCAAAGUGAAAGAGGAAGUCCAACAGUGGGAAAAGAUAAGGUUUAAAGGUGUGAAAAGGUGUAAAAAGGUAUUCAUCUAAUAUUUUAGAGCAAUGGGAGAUCAAAAUGACGCUAUGCAACGUGCCUUUCUUAAACAUUUGUACAAGUCCAGAUGUAAACUUCAAGAAGAAGAGGACACUAUGAAAUUCAUUGAAUCAUGCGUGAGGGAUUUUGUCGCUAAAACAUGUUAUCUGGUCGGAGAGGCAAAGCCAAUUUUCAAAAUUUCGCAAAACAUUCCCUCUGGAAGCUUCUAUGAAGGGACGAAAAUUGGAAAAACGGACGAGUUUGACUUUAUGGUCAUUUUGAAGGCACUAUCUGGAGCUGACAAAUUACAAAUACAUGACGGGUGCAAUCCGUGGUAUAAAAAACUUGAACUCAAAAAAGGAGUUCACUUUGGUCAGAGGUAUAUGUGUAAUUGCCACAUGAACACGGAAACAUACGGAAACUAUUUAGGGAAUCCCCAAAUACUUGUGGGCGAUUUUUGGAAUAAUAUUUCAUCUGUAUCCAAAUCGAAUCCAUUAUGUAUAGAAAAUUCAGAGGGAAAACUGUACUCAAAAGUUAAUGAGAAACAAAAAUUACUGUUUAAUUAUACCAAAAAGCCUUUAAUGUCGGCGUCAACAGAGUCUGGUCUGGUUCCUUUGAACGAUGUGAAUAUUGGCGUGGACCUGAUGAUGGCCAUAGAACACCCCUGUCCAGAAACCAUAGCCUCUCAGCCUUCUUUUCCUUCACAAUUCAAAGAUAUGCUUCACAGCCAUGGCUGCCCCAUUAUCACAAAAUCCUGCCAUAUUGAACAUUUUCCACAGCCAACUUGUUGGUUUAUUACUUUCGCAGCGCUAGAACUGGAAUUGAUGAAAAAUAUGGACACACAUCACAAAGAAUGCUACAAAAUUUUGAAAUGUUUGUUGAUUGGGGAGGUUAAUUUUCCAGGAAAAUGCAUGAAUUUGUCAUCAUAUGUUCUUAAAACAGCUUUUCUAUUCCAUGUCUACGGAUCAAACAAAUGCACACAUUCAAGAUUUGACGCAAAAUGCAUAAUUGAAGUUCUGAACUACCUUGCCAAUUGCUUGUUUGAUUUUGAUAUGCCUUGCUUCUUUGCAAGGGAUAUGAACACAUGGGGCUACGUGUUCGAAUUUCCUUGUUUUAGAUGGCCUGAGUAUGGCAUUGGCAAAUGUCCAAAUCAAAUUGUUACGUUUGCGCUUUGCUGGAUGAAAAUGUGGUAUAAAAUUGUCCAAUUUUUGAAAAGAGCAAUUUCAAAGGAAAAUAUAAAUAACAAAGAAAAUUGGAUACGAGUAACUGACAAAUGUGAUUAUAUCAAAGGAGUAAUAUUUUACGUGCUUGAGAGAUAUUCCACAAGAUCCCUCAUUGAAGUGUUCAAAGGACAGCUACCCCAAACAGAAAUAUCUGGACUGACUCUUGCCUCUUGUUCUGACCAACAAUUCAUGGAUUACAUUCAAAACAUGAAAAAAUAUCACAAUAUACAGCUAGAUAUGUUGUUGUGAAAAUCAUAGUCUUUAUGUUUACAUCUAAAUUAGAACGAUACAGUCCACUUGAGGAUAAUAUGUGGUUUGGGUUCUUAAAUCAGGUUGAAAACACGGAAUUCUAUGACCUCUGCAAGGAAUACAGUUUCUACUGUGAAAAAUAUAUCUGGAUACGACCAAAACCUCCUGUGUUCUGGUCCCAACCCGAGAUUUAAAAUGUUUUCUAGUGUGUAUGUCUGUAUAAGUAACAUUCAAAUCUAUGCAAUUAAAAUAUAAAAAAAUACGUUGAAGUAC